ACUCACUCAGGAGGACUACAGGGGGCAGUCACACUGUGGUCUUGAUGGUUGUGGACACGUAACCUUCUGUCACAAAGCGUUGGACACGUCAUAGGAAUAAUCUGUCUAUACCAGUAGCAUUAGUACACUAAGCCAAUAUUGUCUUUAUAGGGAUUUGUGGGCUACGGUGUGGCACGUCAUAACAGAACAUGGAGUGGAAAAUGCAGAGACAGAGACAAUAAAACAGAGCACCAGACGAUGGACAUAUUUUAAAAUAACAAAAACAACGUGUUAUGCAUUGUGCAGUCAGUCUCGUGGAAAAUGCAUUAGCAGCAGCAGGAUAAUGCACCAGGCCAGCUGCAUUGUGUUUAAUUAAGAUUGUUUAGUUGAUAUAUCAACCUUACAUAUAAAAGCCUGUUGACUCACAGGCUAGAUUCAUGAACCCAGAACCCAAAAGAGGAAAAACCAGUUCUCUUUAAAAGACAGUGAGAAUGGAUGAAGCAGAGGAGGGUCACAGAGUAGCUCAAAGGGUGCCGUGAAUGGGGGUAACAGGUGAGGUGGCAGUGGUUUGGGAGGAGGGAGCAAAGUAAGGGGAUGGCGAGGCUGUGGCCAAGGGAAGUGGGGAAUAAGUGAGGAACUUGAACGUGAACCAGAGCUGAUGACAUGGCUGGGAGUGACAACUGAGGGGCCACUGCAAAACACACAGUAAGAUUAAAAACUUUCAAGAUUUCCAUAAGGCACUGAGGAAGAGAUUAAGACCUUUUGCAUCACUGUGAAGGAUACUUGUGAUGGUGGACACAGCACAGACUUAGAUCUAAUUUAUAGCUUGUUAGUAUUUGGUUAAUGUUAUUUAAAAAUUAAAUACAUAUUAUGUCACUGCAACAGUAGGAAGUUAUCAUGAAUGAAUGUUGUCUUUUGCCAGUCUGUAGACCGGCAUUUUAUUUUAGUUUUAGCUCUUUUACCCCCUUUUGUUGUGAUCCUUUCUCAUUAAAAGCAAGCUAUGAUGCUGAUAUGAAUCAGUUCAGUGCUUUCAUGUGGAAACCCCAGAAUUUUUUUCUGCCUCAAGGUUGAUUAAUGUAGACAUUCAACCUAGUUUUGUCUUGUAGUAAAUAGUACACUGCAUGUACUUUUAUACUCUCUUAGUCCUCCCUUCCUUCUGUCACCGAAUUGUAUGCUUUUAAGAGAGACUGGAAACCAGACCAAAUUACACUGCAACUAUUGGAAGUUAAUUUGGGUGAAGUAGGACUCGUAUCCAGGCUUUGCCUCCAUCACCUGUCACAGCCAGCUACCAUGUGACCCUCUAGAGCACUUAACCGUUACUGUGUUUCCAAGACCACCAGCUAAAUUAAGGUGAAGGCUGAAGCAGGGCUGAGUAACAAUCACAGCUACAACAAAUAGUGCAUAGUAGGUUUUUACAAAUCAUUUUCACUUUGUUACCUCCUACUGGGCUUUUUGAGAGAAUAUUUUUCAACAUUUUUAAUGUUAUCUCUUUGUUUGUUGGCGUAGCAUGUUCUUUUAAUGAAGGGCUGGUGGGAACAGCUGAUGCAUCUGUCAAAUGACUUGAACGAGAUGGGCGUAGUACUGUCCAGAGUGAAUAACAGUUGUAGAGUGGCCUCCCGAGAGCCUGUCAACACAUCCCAAACAGUGAGCAGCAUCUGUGACAGAGAGGUCAAUAGUACAAACAGUGACCAUUCCUCUAUCAUACCUAUUGGGAACAAAGUGUGUGAGCCAGAGGAGGUGCUAGUUCCCGCUCUUCCAGAAAUAACUUGCGUAGAGCGAGGCUACAUCACCCCACAGCAGGUGUAUAACCUGCUGAACGCGGAGGAAGGCCAGCCCGCCUUGUUCGAUCCGUACUAUAUUCUCAUCCUGGACUGUCGCAGCGCAGAGAGGUACAAGGAGAGCCACGUGGUGACAGCACGGGCUGCUGUGACGGUGAUCCACCCUGAGCUGGGCUGUCUAAUCAGCUCUAUAGAGCUGCAGAAGUAUUCAAUAAUACUGCUGUAUGCAGAGGAGGGAUGCAGCCCAGUGGGGAGUGUAAAGGCCAGAGCAGACUCCCCAGACCUCCAACGCUGCUUCUUCCAGCUCAGUGCGUUGGGAAUGGAUCCAGUCAUCCUUCUGGGGGGGUUCUCAGCCUUCAAUGCCCUCUACCCUUUCCUCUGCACACCACGUAUGGUCCUGCUAGAACCUGAGCGGCACACCCUCACCAUCUACCCUUCAGAAAUCCUGGAAGGAGCUCUCUACCAGGGCUCUGUCUCCCAGGCCUCUGACUACCGCAUCAUCAAGAAUUUACACAUCACACAUGUGGUCAAUGCCACUGCCAACUGCCCUGACGCUUUCCCCAACAUGCUAUGCUACCUGAGGCUACGUCUGAGCGAUGACGCCCAGCAGGACCUGGUGGAGGCGCUGCCGUUGGCAUCCAGAUUCAUCAACACGGCGUUGAAGGCUGAGCCCGCUGGUCGUGUAUUGGUCCACUGUAGUCUGGGCAGGAGUCGCAGCUCAGCACUAACGCUGGCCUUCCUCAUGGAGCAUCGACACUGGUCGCUGCUUCACGCCCUGCGCUGGCUGAAGGAGAGGAGGGCAUGCACAGCACCCAACAUAAACUUCCUGCGUCAGCUGCUGACCUAUGAGGAGCAGCUGUUUGGGACCAGACUCACCUCCCUGGACGACAUCCGCCGAUGACUGGAGUAAAGAGUGGGAAUGAAAAGGAUACACUGGAGGGUUUUUUUUUCUACAGUUCACAAUGAGUAAAGUGUCAAAUAAGUUGAGACUGAAUCCAGGUGGAUUUUGUAAUGGAAGAAAGACUCUCAAAGACUGGAUAGGAGUAUUCCCCCCCGCACGUUUGACAUUAAUCUUCAACCCUCCCACACAGUGUUUCUUGUGCUAUGCCUCAAUAACACCUCUGUGUGACUCAGUAUGAUAUAUUCCCUGUUAGGAUAUUUUGCUUGGUGAUAGCUGGUAGAAGAUACAGAUUAAUAAAGUGCAUUCAUACCGUUUUGCAU